AUGUCGUUUCUCAUGCCCUUUCUCAACGGCGAGGCCAGCCUGGCCAUUGGCUCACUGCCGCUGACGCUGCUCAUCUCGGCGCUGCCCCACUGGUACAGCAUCUACCAGGCCGAGGUCAACAAGGUGCAGGGCGGCUGGUCCAACGAGUGCCCACGGUCCUUUUCGGCGCGCCUCAACUCCAAGGCCGCGUCGGGCCACCGGCUGACAGACCUUGAAGGCUUGAUUCUGCGCGGGCAGGCGGCGCAGCAGAAUGGCUUCGAGUGGUGGGCCGUCUGGGCCGCCGCGGUGAUUCUGGGAACGCUGGCCAAGCUGCCACAGGAGGACAUGACGCGGUAUACAGUCAUUCACGUCGCGUGUCGCCUCGUGUACAAUAUUCUAUACGUAACGACGGCGAGGCGCUCGCGGAGCUAUCUGCGUACCAUAGUCUUCCAGUUCAGCAUCUAUCCCUCAAUUGCCAUCUUCUUCAAAGCGGCUUCGGCCCUCAACUGA